AGUAGUAGGCGAUGAAGGUGUAUUACAGUUUCCCUGGCUGUAUGAAAACUUAAUUGAUAGAAGACGACUUUUCUUUCUCUCAUUCCUUGCGAUAUACUGCUCUACCCAGCGCAAAGGCUUGGCCACUGUGACUGGGAGGAUGGUAGCUGUGCAGAGACACUGUGAGAGGAACUGGCUCUACCCGUUGCUGUGGCUAGCUUUGAAAGCAGGUGCAGAAUCGUCAUGGCAGGACUGUAGCACCCUGGCGGUGUGCCCCCCUGUGGCCAGGCCAGGAAGUGCCGUGAGCGCGUCCUGUGCGUUGAGCGCGUCCUGUGCCCGGGACCGCGGGGUUGACGCUGAGGACAUCACGUGGAGGCUGGAUGGAGAGGAGGUCCCCAGAGACCUGUACGGCUCUGUCGGGAUCAGCAUCUCUACAGUGACCCUGCCAGCCCUCCCCCUGGCUGGGGCCAAUCUGAGCUGCUACGCCCGCUAUGGAGGAUCCGACACGCUGCUUCAAAGCAGAGAGAUCAAAGUGGCAUCCCCCCCUGCGCAGCCCAAGAUCCUGUCCUGCAUUUCCAUUCGUCUGGCCAACCUCAGCUGCUCCUGGGACCCUGGACCCGAGACUCUGCUGAGGACCAACUUCACCCUGAGCGUGACGGAGGUGAUGAGAUGCUGUGGCUCCAAAUUCAAAGACCCCCUGGAGUGCCAGGCUGCCCCGGGUGAGAGGUCGUGCACCGUGCCCGCCAAGAACCUGUACGCUUCCUACAAUGUGACGGUGAGGGCAGAGAACGAGCUGGGCAGCCAGACCUCCCCUGUGCUCUGCCUGAGUGGAAUGGAUGCAGGUGAGCUGUCUCCUCCGAGGGUUGUGAGCGUGUCUUCUGUAGCAGGACAGGAGGACUGCCUGGUGCUGAGCUGGGACCUGCACUACUCGGAGAUACACAAUGCCUCGUCCGCUCUCUAUGAGAUGCAGUACAGGGCAAGGGGGGAGAAGCUGUGGAAACAUACUCUCAUUGAUGUGAGAGAGACCAGUCCUGUGCCGGUGAGGCUGUGUGACCUCCUCGCCUUCACGGAUUACACUUUGAGACUGAGGGGCAGAUACAAGAGCGACAUGAGCCACUGGAGUGAGUGGAGCAACACGGGAGAGGCAAGGACACCAGAGAGGGCUCCAUCAAAAGAACCCCAGCUUUGGAGACGCAUUGAGCCUCUCGAUUCAGAGGGAGAAAGACGGGUCACACUCCUGUGGAAGCCGCUGAAAAGACACGAAGCCAACGGCAGGAUUCUGAGGUACAGGGUAUUCCGCCAGCACCCGGGUACCCCAGAAAAGACAGAGCUGAGCGAGUGUGGCGGCACCACUCCUCUAGCCAGCCUUGAAUGCAGCAUCCUCCUGCCUGCCGAACGCUGCGUCCUCUCCCUGUCUGCGUACAGCUCCGCAGGGCAGUCCCCCCAGGCCAGCAUCACCAUCCCAGCCGCUGGUCAAGCAGCGCUGCCUGGUCUCUCAACCCUGGCCGCGUCUCCUGUGGAUGACCACAGCCUCCUGGUCCAGUGGAAGCCCCCGGAGAGGCCCUCGGUGUCUGGCUUCAUCCUGGAGUGGUGUGUGCUGUCCGAGAGGGAGGGCUGCGUCCUGCACUGGCACCGACUGCCCCGUCACUCCAGGGACAUGGUCAUUUCAGAGAGCAUUGAGCCCAAGCGCCUAUACAGAGUCUCUGCCUAUGUGCUGGAUGAGGGAGAGGCUGGGGACCCAGUGUCUGUACAAGCCUACUCCAGACAGGGUGCUCCAACCCACGGCCCCUCGCUCCGUCCCAAGACCACCUGGAAGACAGGGGUGCAGCUGGAGUGGGACCCCAUCCCGCUGGACGAUCGCCAGGGGUUCAUCCAAAAUUACACCAUCUUCUACCAGAGCGAAGAUGGGGUCUCAGACUUCGUGGUGGUUAAUGGUUCUGUGCACCAGCUCCGGCUGGACGGUCUCUCCUUGGACCAUGAGUACAAACUCCACGCCGUGGCUUCAACUGACCAGGGUGGCGCUGCAGGACCGGACAUCUACGUGCAGACACUCCGUGAUGAUGGUACCAUGCUGCUGGUGAUUCCUCUCUCCACUCUGCUCACCCUGAUCUCCAUCGUCACGCUCCUGGCCUGCGUCCAGCAGAGGCAAGCGAUGAAGAAUUGUUUCUUUUCGAGAAUUCCAGACCCCGCGGAUAGCAGCCUGGCCACCUGGAUGCCCAAGGAGGUCUGGAUGGAUUUCAGAGACUACCAGGGUGACCACUGCCUCAAGGCACAAGUUGACAUCUCUGCACCCCAGUCUGACACCUUGCAGGAGACGCUGUCCUCGUUGAGCCAGCCGGAGCACCAGGACCCUACCGGCCUGGGGGACGGAGUGACCAUUCCCAUCCAAACCAACUGCACCGCUGUGAUUCUGCAGCACUGCAUUGACGAUGACUACGUAAGAGACGCUCCCGGGAGAAGCUUUGCUGAGCAGGGCUCUAUGGACUACUCCACUGUGACGGGCAUCGCGGGCAGGUAUACCCAGAUACCCCAACCUAAGCUUGCCCUCCUACCCUGUAACCCUGAUCACGGAGUCCAAACCCCCUCCCCAGGCCUCUUCAAUAAGACCUAUCAAAGCCUGUUGUAUCCUGAUAUGAUGGACCCAGCCCUGGGUAAUGUGGAGGAGGAGGAGGAGGAGGAGGAGGAGGGAUCUUUCAGUAUGUUCCCCUUGUUACUGGGGCAGCUGAUGCAGGGCGGUGCCCAGAACUCAGGGCUCUGAGCCAGAUAACAAGCCCCUGUCCACUGUGGAGGCUCAACUAGACAAUACAAUACAGAUCCCAACUUCUAACAGGGAUGGAAAUGAGACUCCCGUUGCAUAGAAGUUUGAUCCAUUCCUGGUUUUACUUUGAGUAACAUAAGACACACCUGAGCAUGUAUUAAAGCCUGGAAUAACUGAGACUGCUGUGCAGUAGAAGUCUUAUUUCCAUCCCUAUAUAAUGUCCUGAAAGUGAAGCAUUCAGUUUUUUUCAGCAAUCAGAGGAUUUUAAGUUCUGAAAAUAGAAACUUAGUAAAAGUUAAAAUAAUAUUGAAAAUAUCAGCUGUU